AAUGUCUCAAAACAAUACAAUGAAUGAAAUAAAACCAUUCGACUAUGCCGAAAAACUAAAGGAAUGUUCCAUUAUGGAAGCCGAAUUGAACGAUAUUAUGGAUCAAGUUCGAAAUCAUACAAAAAGUAAUAUAGAUGUUCAACUUCGGAUUGCAAAUAUAAACACUACAACAAUUGCAUCUGGCUAUAAACUUUUAGAUGUUGUUGGUAAACUUGACGAAGAAUAUGGGCAUGUAAAUGACUUACAAAAGCAGAUUUUGAAAACUAUGCAUUCGUAUGAAGGCGAGAUGAAGAAAGUUCAAGAAAAUCUAUUAAAACGCAUGGAAAAGCCUAUGGCUGUUUUAGAGGGCGAAACGGAGGAGUCAUAA